GUCGGGAUUGCUGUUAUGAGUCGGGCCCACGUGUCGGUUCCAUGGUUGCUACUCGGUUCAUCCAUUUCGCCGGCACCACCUGAGGCAGUGGCUGGCUGGAGAGCGCGGCCAGGACCCGGGACCUCCAACCCCCAAUGAGCCCGCUCCAUCCCCAUGGUGUAAGUGGUCAGCGCGGCCUGGACGCCAGGAGUGCCUCUCGGGCACCGGCAUCAGGUUGCGAAGCCUGAGAGUGGAGCCAAGAAGCAGCCCAGCUCUCCUCCUCAUUGCAGAAUGGCAAGUGAAGAAGAUGACCCUAUCAUACAGGAGAUUGAUGUGCACCUGGCCAAGAGUCUAGCGGAGAAACUGUACCUGUUCCAGUAUCCUGUGCGUCCAGCCACAAUGAAAUAUGAUGAUGUCACCCAUUUAUCAGCAAGAAUAAAACCUAAACAACAGAAAGUCGAGGUGGAAAUGGCGAUCGACACAGUGAGUCCCAACUAUUGCCGGAGCAAAGGAGAACAGAUUGCUCUCAAUGUUGAUGGUACCUGUACUGAUGACUCUGGAAGUACCUAUGCAACGAAACUCAUGGACAAACAGAUCUUCUCAUCCAUCCAGUCCGCUGUCAACACCUCGCGCUAUGCAGCUGCAGUCUACAGGAAAGGGGAGCUACACGUCACUCCGUUACAUGGAAUACUACAGCUGAGACCAAGCUUUUCCUACUUGGAUAAGGCGGAUGCAAAACACAGGGAAAGAGAAGCUGCAAAUGAAGCUGGUGACUCUUCUCAGGAUGAGGCUGAAGAUGACGUUAAGCAGAUCACUGUACGUUUCUCACGUCCCGAGAGUGAACAAGCUCGACAGCGUCGUAUCCAGUCAUAUGAGUUCCUGCAGAAGAAACAGGCAGAAGAGCCCUGGCAUCACCUCCAUUACUGUGGUGUGAAGGACAGCCGGUCUGAGCACGAGCGGCAAUAUCUUUUCAGUCAGCUGGCCGGCAUGGUGGAGACAACCGAGUUAACUAAAUCCCCAAGUGAGUAUUUGUCCAUGUUGAUGCCUCCAGUUGAAGAAGAGGAAUCGAAGGUGCCUCUGGCUCCCAGCAACGUGCUGUCUAUGGCUCAGCUACGGACUCUCCCCCUCGCAGAUCAAGUGAGGACCCUGAUGAAGAACGUGAAAGUUGUGCAAUUUGCAAAUCUGAUGGGUCUUCUAGGAUCGGGAGUAGAUUCCACGGCAGUCCUGCGUUGUAUUCAACAAGUGGCUAUGUUAGUUCAGGGAUGCUGGGUCGUUAAAAGUGAUGUGUUGUAUCCAAAGGAUAGCUGCAGUCCACACAGUGGAGUUGCUGCUGAAGUGCUGUGCAGAGGAAGGGACUUUGCUAUGUGGAAGUUUACACAGGAUCUCUGGGUCGUACGGAAAGAAAUAGCUGCUGUGAUCAAGCUCCCCCCUGAGGAUGUGAAGGACUUCCUGGAGCAAAUGGCGGUUCCGCGCGUCAACAAGGGCUGGGAGUUCCUGCUUCCCCCCGACGCAGAGUUUGUGAAGAAACAUCCAGAUGUUGUCCAGAGGCAGCACAUGCUUUGGAUGGGGAUUCAGGCCAAGUUGGAGAAAGUGUACAAUCUCUCCAAGGAAGACAUGAUGCCAAAGAAACCCACCUCUCAAGCAGCAGCAUCGUCAGCUGCAGUGUGUGGGGAACGGAGGGUGGCCGUGGCCAAAGAGAGAGCACGGGAGAAUCAUGCCAUCCUGGAGAACAACUACCGGCGGCGAAAGGCUCCACACAGUACAGGCAUACAAGCUCCUCAGGGCACCCCGCUCACCAUCAAGAUCAAGGAGGAGCCGCUGAGCGAGGAGGAGCCCAUGGACACGUCCUCACGACUGGAGAGUGAGGCAGCCAACGGGGUCCACUCAGAUGAGAGCUCCCGUGACUCAGCCGACUUGCCCGCUGAGUGCCAGGGGGCUCGGAGUGAGGUUGUGACAGCAGAGCUGAAAGAAUUUGUGCGGGGGACACUCAGGAAACACUAUGUGCUCAGUUUAAGUGAGCUGAAGCGACUGUUUAACCUGCACUUGGCAAGUCUGCCACCUGGGCAUAUUUUAUUCAGUGGCAUUUCAGACCGAAUGUUACAGGAGACCCUUUUGGACUGUGGAUGCAAACAGAUCUUGGUGCCUUUCCCUCCACAGACAACUGCCUCACCUGAUGAACAGAAGGUCUUUGCACUAUGGGAAGCUGGGGACUCCUUUGAUCAGCAUCGGCAGAUACUCCUUGAAAUAUUUUCAAAAAAUUAUCGUGUGCGUAGGAAUGUCAUCCAGUCUAAACUGGGUCAGGAUUUUGGAGAAAGUCUCAGUAAACCAGAUGUGGACAAAGUUCUGAAGGACUGCUGUGCAAGUCAUGGUGGAAUGUGGUAUCUUAAAGGGACCCUGCCUUCUUGACAGCUGCAGAAUGCCCUGUUGCUACACAAUGACUGUCCUUUGGAACAGGGCAAUGAGAUGAUGGAAGAAGGUGGAACGCUGGCUUCGCUCCAGAGAUGGAAGAACAGACAAUCGAACCGUACAUCACUCAAGCCUUUGACCGUUAAUCGGAACUGAAUGAGAAAGCCCGAUGGAAUGAUGCAUCUACCUACACUGGGAAUAGGGAAUAAGAGCCUAAUUCAUGUUUGCACCUCAACAGUAUCUAACUUGGAUUAAUUGAUUUUAAUUCAGUGUUCAAAAUAAAGUUUUGAUUGGUUGACAAAAUAUAUCAGCUGGCUCCAGUCACAUGGAAUCAUGGAAUAUUGUUUCAUUUCCUCCCUCAUUUGGAAUCAUCUUUAAUCCCCAUACACAUGUUUGUAUGUUCGUAUAACGGUUUAUUAUACAGGGCAACCAAAUCAAAGGCUCAGAUUAAAACAAAAUCUAAUCUGUUUCACUAAUAAAAGCUGUAAUCUAGCAAUCUCAUAAAAUCCUGGAGUGAAAGUGAUUCACCUUGCCUGUUGAAUGUUUAAUUUGACAUUUUACUGUUUUAAUACCAGUGAAUCGUACUGAAUUCCUUUGGUUCCAAGAUACUUUUUUUUUGUGUGACACGUUAGUGUUUUUUUUUAAAUUACUUUCUAACUUGAAGUUGUCAUUUUUCAGGUGAGGGAAAGUGUGGCAUCUGUUUGGUUGCUGCAGAUGGUCUAAGAUAAACUCUGUAAAUAAAAUGUUUAAACCAUG